UCUCUUCCAUUCAACACUCCCACACAUAUAUACACAUAAACACAUACAUACGUUGUACACAGUAAAGAUGAAGGGUGCAGCCAUAUGCAUGCUGGUGCUAGCCGUGGCCUACCUGAUGGUGGAGCCCGGCGACGCCGUUGCAUGUGGCGAUGUGACCAAAGCCGUAGCUCCGUGUGUUCCCUUCCUGACAGGAUCUGAGCAAAAGCCUGCCAGCGGAUGCUGUGAUGGUGUCAAGCAGCUCAAGAACUUGGCCCCCACCCCUGAAGAUAGGCGUGCUGCAUGCGCCUGCAUCAAAACUGCCUCAGCUAAGUACAAAGAUCUAAAGCCUGACGCGGUGAGCUCGCUCCCAACCCACUGUGGCGUGUCCCUCCCCUUCCCCGUCAGCAAGGACAUCGAUUGCAGCACAAUCCCUUGAAUUGGUGUUCGCUUGAGAGAGAAAUAAAGAGAGGAGUAUACUAUCAUGGCGCUACCUCAUCUACCAUAUAUAAACGGUCAUGUGAAUGGAUAUGUAAUACCAAAUGAGUUGCUAUAGUAUGUAUUAGGUUCACGUAUGCGAGUACUUACAUCAUCAAUAUAAAGUUGAUAGUUGUUAAAA